AUGGCUUCUACGGGAAGUGGCCUGCGUAUCCAGGGGGACGACAACCUCCAGUCCAUGAUUGUUGGCACGGUGAUGAGGAAGAUUAAGUCUCGCACCUGGAAGAAGCAGCGCUACUUCAAGCUGCAGGAGGACUGCAUGACCAUCUGGUACAAGUCCAAGAAGGCCGGGAACGCCCACUCCACAUUCUCUGUGAGUGACAUGGAGACGGUGCGUGAGGGCCACCAGUCAGAGGUUCUGCUAAGCAUCGCAGACGAGUUUCCCCCGGACCGCUGCUUCACCCUGGUGUUCCGUGGUCGCCGUGGCAACCUGGACCUGGUGGCAGACUCGGCGGAUGAGGCCCAGUCCUGGAUCAAAGGCAUGAGGAAGCUGAUCGAGAACCUGGAGAACAUGGGCGAGAGUGAGAAGCUUGACCAGUGGAUCUGUGAAUGGUUUAAGAAGGCUGAUAAGAACAACGACGGCAGAAUGAACUUCCGGGAGAUCAGGGUCCUGCUGAAGAUGAUGAACGUGGACAUGAACGAACAUCACGCUCACCGACUCUUCAUGACGGCAGACAAGUCUCAGACGGGGACUCUGGAGGAUGAUGAGUUUGUCCUGUUCUACAAGAUGCUGACCCAGAGAGAGGACGUUCUCAGGGUGUUCCAGGACUACUCUGGUGACGGACAGAAGCUGUCUCUGCGGGACCUGGAGGAGUUCCUGAGAGAUGAACAACUGGAGGAGGUGGACGGGGUUCAGCAGCUGGCCACGGAGCUCAUCGAGCGCUACGAACCCUCCGACACAGCCAAGAUGCUGAAGGCCAUGUCUAUCGACGGUUUCCUGAUGUACCUAGCGUCGGCUGAGGGCUCCAUCUUCCACCCCCGACAGCAGAGUCUGUACCAGGACAUGACCCAGCCCCUCAACCACUACUUCAUCUCCUCUUCACACAACACAUACCUGAUGGAGGACCAGCUUCGAGGACACAGCAGUGUCGAGGGAUACAUACGGGCUUUGAAGCGAGGCUGUCGGUGUGUAGAAGUAGACUGUUGGGACGGUCCCAAUGGAGAGCCUAUCGUCUACCACGGACACACCUUCACCUCCAAGAUCCUCUUCAAAGAUGUUGUGAACGCACUGGGGAACUAUGCCUUCAAGGUAUCAGAGUACCCGGUCAUCCUGUCCACCGAGAACCACUGCGGUGUUGAACAGCAGCGAGUCAUGGCCCAACACCUCAACACCAUCCUUGGGGACAAGCUGCUGAAAAGUACCCUGGAUGGAAAGAUACCCGUCAGCUUUCCUUCUCCUGAGGAGCUGAAGGGGAAGAUUCUUCUCAAGGGGAAGAAGAUCGGAAGUCUGGAGGAGAGUCUGAACGGGCCGGUGGAGCCGGAGGACUCCCAGACAGGAGAGGUGAGCGACGAGGACGAGGCGGCUGACAUCGAUGAGGACAGCCUCCACAGCAACAGCCUCCGACGCACGGCCAAGAAAUCGAAGCAGCGUCUGUCAAAGGAGCUGUCGGACUGCGUGGUUUACUGCAAGAGUGUCCACUUCAGCAGCUUCAAGCACUCCCGCAUUCACUCCAAGUUCUACGAGAUAUCCUCCUUCACAGAGUCCAAAGCCCGCAAACACUUGAGAGAGGCAGGGGCAGAGUUUGUGCAUCACAAUGCCAGGCAACUGACCAGGGUUUAUCCCAGUGGCCUCAGAACAGACUCCUCCAACUUCAACCCACAGGAAAUGUGGAACACAGGGACUCAAAUCGUUGCGUUGAAUUUCCAGACGGCAGGGGUUGAGAUGGACCUCAACGAUGGACUGUUUAGUCAAAAUGGCCGCUGUGGCUACGUCCUCAAACCUGACUUCAUGAGGAUGUCAGAGAGGAGGUUCGAUCCUGAGGUUCCACAUAACCGGGAAGGCUACCGACCCCUCAGUCUCUGCAUUCAGGUGAUCAGUGGACAGCAGCUUCCCAAAGUGAAUAUCAAGGAGAGCUCUGUUGUGGACCCGUUUGUGAGAGUGGAGAUUCAUGGAGUUCCUCUAGACCAGGCCAAGCAGGAGACCAGAUACAUAGACAACAAUGGAUUCAAUCCAGUGUGGUAUGACACUUUGCGGUUCACCAUCCAUGCACCUGAACUGGCCCUGGUACGCUUUGUGGUGGAGGACUACGACAAGGCGUCAAGGAAUGAUUUUGUCGGACAGUAUACCUUGCCUUUCUCAUGUAUUCAGCAAGGAUACCGUCACAUCCACCUCCUGUCUAAGGACGGAACCAGUAUUCCUCCCGCUUCCUUAUUUGUACAUGUUAGAAUCACUAACCUUGUAUGA